AUGGAGAAGUACGGGGAGCUGAGGGAGGCGCUGGAGACGGUGGCGGUUGUGGACGCUCACGCCCACAACCUGGUGGCGAUCGACUCCGAGUUCCCGUUCCUCCGGUGCUUUUCCGAGGCGGAGGGCGACGCCUUGGCCUUCGCCCCGCACAGCCUCUCCUUCAAGGUAACGCCAGAAGAGUGAUCUCCGCCGCUUGGGAGCUUCCCUCUGGUCGUUGCUUUCUCCUCAAGUUUUUCUGCCUCCCUUUGCUCGUCUCGUUCGGUUUUCUGGGGGAAAAUCAGAGCAUGCCGGUUUAGCUUGCGGCAUUUGUCUCCGAUCUAGAUGGAAGAUCCGUCCUGUAUGUUUUCCGUAAUCGCGCGGAAGUUGCAGAAGAUGACGUCCCUUCGUGGACGAUCUCGUCCGGCCGGUGCCGCUCGGAGCGUCUUCUUCAGAUCGGUUGGACCUGUUUUCCUCCGGAGCAGGUGUGAGUCAAGUCGUCUCGAAUCCACAUAUCAUCUCCCUCCGACCCCCUUCGCGACUGAUUCCUUCUGUACACUGAACACACUCUUCGAUUUCUCGUCUUCGCGACGGUGACAUCGUGAAUGGUACUCCGUUCUGACCAUUCUGUGUCUGGUGAUUCUUACCCGUUCUUCUCCGCCGUCCAAACGCGAGGGAGAGGGAAGAUAACGAUAGGUACCGACAGGGAGGAUUCCCUUUCUAUUUUUUCGUCCUGCAUUCACCAUCUACUCGGAGUGGGCAGUGGGAAUGGGGGUUGGGUUGAGCUGAACAGUCGAUGGAGAUGGGCGACAAGGGGACGAGAGUUCGCCAUUGACGUGGGGCCCCAUGGGUCAUCCUCUUGACAAUUUACUAUUUUUAUUUCAUCGGUCAAACCAUCCUCCUCCACUACAAGACAGAUCUGGCCAGACGGUGCCGUCUAAACUGUAGCAGCUUGGGGCGCCGGCGCCGGGGCCGGCGGGGUGGCGACGGGGGCCGACGGCUGCGCCGUGCCCAUGUCGCAGUAGUCGCGGAGGAUGUCCCCUUCUUCAGCCGUGAAUCCGAUGGAGGAGAGCAUGUUGGGCCAGCACUGGCGGGUGAUGAUGCGUAUGGCGCGGCAGCACUCGUUGCCGAUGUACGCCUCUCCGUUCAGGAAGAAGAGGACGACCUCGUUGGUGCAGGACCGCAGCUCCAGCAGUGCUCCCCAGCAGUCGAUCAUGCCGCUGCCGUCGCCCGUCUCCACCAGGAUGCCGCCGCCGCCGCCGCCCAUGAGCCUGGCCUCCAGCGAGCGGUUGGGAAGCUCUUGGGGCGCCUCCCGAGCAGCCGCCAUGGAGGUUGUCGUCAAGAGGGAGAGGAGGAGGAAGGCGAGCUUCUGAACCGCCAUGGUUUCCUGGGCAAUGUCGUCGGCUGCGCUGGCGGCGUGAUUGACACGAAUGAGGAGGUGCCUUGCAGCGAACUGUAUUUAUAGACGGCGGGCGAGCGAUGGAAGACGAGGAGUUUCGAAACGAUCAGAUGGCUGGACAUGGAAUCCGAGAAGGUGGCGGGCGUAGGUUACAGAGGCUACAGACGCCUUCCAAUUAUGAAGGGUCUUCCACGAUUUGAUGAGCGAGCGAUGAGACCCGUUGCGGCCUUGGUAAGCCGAGAGGACGACUCCGUUGGGCGUACCGAAAUUGUGGAGCUUCAGUCGCUGAAUGAUGCUUUGGCUUCAAGUGAUAUACUCCAAAGAAACAUAAUAUUCUGUCGGAUCAGUAAUCCAUGCUACUUUUCUUUUCACAUUUUUCUACCUUCGCCGGACUUCUUCUCAGCCUUUUCUUCUCUGGUAUUCUUGUCUGCUCCAGACUGGAUUUCAGUGCUCAGUUUUCGCUUUUGGAACCUGGGUAUUCAUUUUUUAUGAUUAUUUCAUUGACUGCAGAGGAGCUUGAGGGACGUCGCUGAACUGUACAACUGCGGUGCGUCUUUGUCCGAGGUGGAGGCUCAUCGCAGGUCCUCGGGGUUGCAGGCAAUUGGUUCAAAGUGCUUUGCAAGUAGUAAUAUAUGUGCACUCCUGAUUGAUGAUGGAAUUGAGUUUGACAAAAUGCAAGACUGGGAGUGGCACAGUCGCCUUGUUCCUGCAGUUGGUAGAAUAUUGAGGAUCGAGCAUUUGGCUGAGACGAUUCUUAACGAAGUGAGGAACUCUACUGCCCUCUUUCAGUCUCUUUGUUCUUUCGCGCAUUUACCUGUGCAUUAGCCAUAGAUAGUUAAACAUGAACGAGUUUCAUUCUAUUUGAUUUUAUUGAGAACUGCUUUCUGCCAAAUUUCUGUUUGAAGAUGCAGUAAGCGCGUCAAAAAAUAUGUUUCCCCAUAUUCCGAGUUCCGAUCUUCAAUUUGUACCCUUUGUGGAAUUACCAACCUCUUUUGAAUUCUCCAAUUUGAACAUGAUUGGAACCUUUUAUUACUAUAAUUGGAGCAUGAUUGGAAUUACUAGGAUUAUCGUAUUUUUAUUUCACUGAAAGGUACGGUGACAUGAUACCCGUGGGAACAUGAUCCUAGUCUGCUUUGAAUCCUGCAUUCAUCUUGAUAGUUUUGUUAUAUAUGUAAUGUAGCUUUCCAUGGUAUAUUUUAUUCAUUUGUUGACUUUUUGUGAAUCAAUUCUCUGCCAAAAACAGUACUGAGACCUUGCAGCCUUAAUUUUACUAUGUGCUUUGGAUAACGAUAUAACCUUUUUCCAGGAAAAAAAGCAAGGCUCACACAUUACGUUGGACUCAUUUAUCAACACCUUUGUGGAAAAGUUGAACUCAUAUCCUUUUAACUAAAAUCCUACACUUUUCUUACAAUAUCUUCUGUCGAUAGCAAAAAAACCAUUAUGCUUCAAUGCGUUUCUUUAGCACAUCAUCCACAGUUGCAGAUAAGGUUGUUGGAUUCAAAAGCAUAGCUGCUUAUAGGAGUGGACUAAAUAUUGAUACACAAGUUAGUAAGGAGGCUGCCGAAGAAGGACUUGUUGAGGAGUUUAAUGGUAUGCCAUACUAAACAUGAAUUGGCACUCAACAUGCUGGAAUGUGGAGAAUGUUGUUUUGUUUAUUAUUUUACAUUUAAAACUUUAGUGAUUUUUUAAAAAAAAAUCAUUGUUCAGGCAACUUUCCUGUCCGAAUCAAGAACAAGAUGUUGAUCGAUUAUAUAUUUACAUGUAGCUUGGAUGUUGCAGUAUGCUUUGACUUGCCUAUGCAGAUUCACACAGGGUAAAAAAACCAAUUCUUUUCAAAUUUAUUUUUUUCUUGUAUAAUAAUUUCUGAAGCAUGUGAUUGAAUGUCAUCGGUUUUUAGUUCUUUGUUUAUAUUCUUUCAUUCUUCGUGAUACCUCUGUCAGGUUGUCUUCGAUUUUUAUGCAUGCGACUUAAUAAAUCAGUUAUCAUAAACACAUAUUUGAAGUUUGGUGCAAUAUGUAUUCGUUUUUUCUUUCAUUAAAGUAGAUGCUUUGGGAUGCAUCAAGGUGAACACUGACACGUUAAACCUAAUUAUUAUUAGAGAUGGUUAUAUGGUGUCCAGUUUGAAACGAAUAUAGGGGAGAAAUUUGGUGUUAUGGUAACAGCAAAGUUUCUAGGUGUAUGAAAUUGGUUCCAUGUCUCGCCUGACCCAGUACUUCAGUCAGGUGCUGAGUAUGAUACGAAGACAGCGCUAUUAUAUGAUCUGAUUAGUGGAGUGAACUUGUGUAGCAACAGCUUCAUCGUUUCAUGCGUUCUUUCCCAUGUUCCUGUUCCCUGUUUUUAUUUCUCAAGCAGGUGUUGAGGGUAAUGCAGGAAGAGAACCAUUUGUUCGAUCAAUGGUUUCUACCAUUUCAUGUUUGAACUUUGCAUAUGCAACAUUCUCUUCAGAUUAAUGCUCAGUGACAAAAUGCUGCCCAUAUUUUAGUGUAGAUUACUUUAUUCAAUGAUGUUUUUUCUUUUUGAAUAUAUGUGAAUAGGAUGGACUGUUGGCUUCUUCUAAUUGAUGACCAAUUAGAAUGUCUGAAUUAACCAUUCAGCAAAACCAAUUAGUUCAAAGGUCGAGGGUUAUAAAGUUGACAUUUUGUUCUCUUGUGAUCAGUUCUUUCUAACCCUAAAUAUUUUUUUGUCUUUUUUUUUUUUUACCAGUAUCAAAUCACAAAGCCCUGUUGAGUGUUGGAUGAAAUCAACUAGAAUUAUAUUCCUGCGUAUGGGAAUGGGGGGCUUCACAAUAGGAUCGUUAUUAUUCGAUUUGGAUUUUAAGGAAUGGAAAGGCAGGAUUGGACGAGUAAUUUUUUUAAUUCAGAUUUAUAUUAAAUCCGGUGCGAAUGAGUGUACAUCUAUGACUAUCUUUGAAAAGUGUAUACUAAAUCAGAUUGCACGGCAUCUGUCAUGUACAUUUCUUUCCUGAAAAGUGUGAUAAUGACUGUUCUUGAAGUGAAUUUUUUAACUUAUAAGUUUAUGGCCAUAUGCAUUUUAUUUCCAGUGAUAUGCUUAUGCCCUCUGAUAUGGGUUAUAAUAUUGAACAUCGUGUAUUGUUUGUUCAAAUUUUAGUUUUGGGGACAAGGAUUUGGAUUUGAGGCUUUCCAAUCCUCUUUUCCUACGUAAUGUUCUUGAAGACAAGAGAUUUGCAAGUUGUCGAAUUGUAUUAUUGCAUGCCUCUUAUCCUUUCUCAAAAGAAGCAUCAUAUCUUGCUUCAGUUUACCAUCAGGUGCGUUACUGUUGUAUGCAGAUCUAGUGUCAACAUUUUUGUUACUUGAUAGGUUACUGACACAAUUUUCAAAAUAGGUUUACCUUGACUUUGGUUUGGCAGUGCCCAAGCUUAGUUACGAGGGUAUGGUUUCUUCUGUGAGAGGACUUCUUGAUUUAGCACCACUUAACAAGGUACUUGAUGGCGGCUAGAUUGUGAAAAAUUUACUUCAUUUUAGAGAGCACUCGUUUCAUUGAAUGCAACGAUUAAACACUCCUUAUUCAGAUAUUUAAUUUUUGGCGAAAAUCACCAUAUUGUCUUUUACGUAUUUAUCAUAGUUGUAGUAUGCUUCAUGCUCGAGUUUUCAUUCUAGAGGUAGCAUCGUUCAUAGAGUGGUUUUCAUCUGGGAAUGUGUAUUCCUAUCUAUUUUGAAAUAGCAGAAUAAGAAGAGAGAAGCCCCAUUGAUUCAUUUGAUAUUCUUUGUUUGGGAGGGAAGAAAUUUGUUUAAUUCGUUUUAUAUUUGAUUUUGAUAGUGUGGCCAUUUUUUAUGCCUUUUUUCCUGGGAAAAUGUUUUCAUAAUUGUAGAAAGUGAAAAAGCCACUCAUAAUGAUCACAGUCUAGGGUUUAUAUCCUAACCCUAGAGGGCGUGUAAUGGGCCACAAUAAGUUUGGCCACUAGGGUGGGCUGUAACAUAAGGAGCCCAUUACACUAUAAGGGGCCCAUUACAUUUAACAAUAAUUAUUAUCCUUAAAUUGUGAAAUUUAUAAAUAGAAUGGAUACGAUGCUUUAUUGAUAAAGAUCCUAACAAUGAUUUCAUUUGAAACAGGGAGCUUUUUUAUUGAAAAUAAAUGAUUUGCUGAAUCUAUGUUUUCCAAAAAAAUAUGCUGUAAUAAUAGCGCAGUUGGUCCAUAGAUAAUAUGCAUUAAAUGAAGCUGAUUCGUUUGUGAUCAGAUCUUAUAGGAUAACUGUCUGUUUACUUUCUUUAGCGGCACAUAUUUUGGAACUUAUUAUCUGAAGGUAUGUGUAAACUUAGGGUGGAUAUUGAUGAAUGUUAUCGAUACAGAUGAUCCUAUUCAGAUUUGAAUUAGGACUCAAACAAGGGAGCCGGGGAAGAAUAAGAAAAUCAGUUAAAGCCAUAGUCUAAAUUAUAUCAAAUGCUUUGCAUAGCCCCUCUCGCCCUGUCUAUUUUGGCAUAUUUCAGGAAUCUUUUUCUAUUGAGAGGUUUUUGUCUCAACUAUUAUAACCUAUAUGAUACUGCUCAAGCUCAUGGUUCUUUCCAUGCCCCUUCAUGGACUCAAAAUAAAGCAAAAUAAAAUAAAUAAAAUGGGUUAAAAUAUAACGAUGCCCUACACCAAGAGUUAAGACGUCGGUGGUGAUUUUUGCAAUUCUUAAUUAAAGUUUCUGAUGUUCCUGAAUAUUUUUUUAAUUGUCUGUUUUAUUUGAUACGAGACUUUGUUGUCGAAUGUCUUAUCUCAAGGUAAUGUUCAGCACCGAUGGAUAUGCAUUCCCAGAGACUUAUUAUCUAGGUAUGUCUAGCAUCAUAUCAUCAGACGACUUGUCUUUUUCGUCGAUUUUUUCUUUGGUUAGCUCGUUUUAGGUCCACUCAAUUCCAUAUAUUCAUGAAGAAUAUUUUUUUGACUCAGAAAAUAUUCCCCAGAGACCAGCUGACCGUGAAUAUUCGGUCCUUUUGCUAUAUUGUUGUCGAAGGCAGGCAAUGUCUUCGGAAUGUUCCAUAGCCAUUUUGUUAUCGUGUCAAGGGUUUUUAAAGUUGAAAAAAUAAUCAUAGGAAGAGGGAGGGGUAGGAUCAUGUUUCUAGGGCGCAGAGGUCACUUGUCUACUCUUUGUUGCUUGAACUUUUGGUUCUUAAUGGUGGACCACAUCUCCUCCUUUAAUGGAUUCUUAUUGGUCAUCUGAUUUUUUAUUUGGUAACUUUCACGUGUAUUAUAUUGUAGAGAACAUAAUGCCCGCCAUAUGAAAAAUAAAUUUUAUCUUUAACGAUAUAUGAAAAAUGGAAGUAAAAAAGCUCACGAUGGACAUAAGACAACUCUAAUCUCGUUUGCAUUGUGAAUGUUGAAGAUAUAAACUAUUUCCCUUUUCUUCUUCGUUGACUUUGAAAUCUUCAGGUAUAAAGCAGGCACGCAAAGUCUUGUACUCCGUCUUCUCAAGUGCAUGUCAAGAUGGUGAUCUUACCAUUCCUGAAGCUGUGGACGCCAUAAAGGCCAUAUUUAAAGAGAACGCUUGGAAAUUUUAUAACUUAAGGGAAAAAAUUGCUCCUAUUGAUUCCAGUUCUGUAUCUUCUAGCAUUGUGCUGAAUGAGUAUAGAACAUCAUCAGAUGAUAUCAUAUUUGUGCGUCUUAUUUGGGUUGACACUUCUGGUCAGCACCGAUGCCGUGUGAGUUCUCCAUGGAAAUUGACAACAAUUUCUCCUAAAUUUCUUCAGAUUUUUCUGUAUGUUACCAUUAAGCUUUCCUUGGUUAUACUUAUUGAAUGAAUUGCGAAAUAUUCCUUCUUUAAAACGUGAUUUAUAAAUAAUUUGUUCAUGAUAGAAUUUAGCUGAGAGCAAUAUUGAAGCUAAAUCAUUUGUGUUACAUGCUUAGAGGUAUGAUGACUGUGUGGAUGGAGGUGUUGAUUUCUUCAUUGAAAACAACUAUCAAACAUCUCUUUUCUGUGGGGUUUGAUGAAAUUUUUAGGGUUGGUUGGUGCACACAAGGGUAUGUAAGGAGGAAUUAAAUCGGAGGUGGAUACUUGAGGCUAGUGUUAGGCUUCCAUUCUUUGUAUUCAUUGAGUAACAUUUGGUCUCACUCCCAUUAUAAAAAGUGUAGUCGAGAUGGUUUUCGAAUUAUCAGAUUAAAACGCAUUAUACUACAAGAAUAAUUUGUAUUUGAGUAAGAAAAUUCCAAUUUGGUGGAUGAGUGGUAACCGAUUCCAUUUCAUUUAAAAUAAAUUUCUUAGUAUUAAAGUGGUGGAAUUAUUCCUCUGAUCUUUUUAACAGCAUUUUUCGAUGACAUCUUGAUGUCAAAUGACUGGGUUUCUGUGAGCUUUAAAAUUUUACUUCUGGUGGUUCGAACAUAAAUGCUACAAUGUCAGGUGGUCUGUUGGACAUCAUUCCAUCAUAUGCCAUUUAUGCAGGAAUACUGGAUUUGUUUAUAUUUAGUUGGAUUUUGUGCUCUGUUAAAUGCUAAGUUAGUAUCGAUACUCAUUUCAAGUUUAUGGGUAGAUUAAGCAUUAUGGUACGAGUCACCAUACCUCCAAGAAUAUUGAUCACAGAUAAGUACUAAUAAUCCAGACGUUUCAAUAACGUAUUGGUGACAACUGUGCGCCUAAGGCAUAGAAUCUUUUUCAAUAAUGUAUUGUAACCUGAUGUGAUGUUACAUAGUGCCCCAUAGUGCCCCUUUCUAACUGGCGUACUGCUAUUCUGGUAGAGACAUAUUGGGUGUUAUUACUUACACUCGUUGUGUCCACAGGUCGUUCCUGCAAAACGGUUUUAUGAAGUUGUAAAGGACAAGGGUGUAGGUUUGACUUUUGCAUCAAUGGGAAUGAGUUCGCAUUCAGAUGGGCCAGCGAAUGAGACGAAUCUUACUGGUGUAGGUGAGAUCAGGCUGAUACCUGAUUUGAAGACAAAGUGCAAGCUUCCAUGGUACAAAAUGUUUUCUUUCUUUUCUUUUCUUCAUGUGAGAUAUUUACAGGUUCAAAAACAUUUUUCCUUUGUAUCUCUUUCCAAAAAUCUUAUUUUCCAUAUAUUUUUUAAUAUUCCUUGAUUUUACUGGAGUUUUAAUAGUCUAAAUUGUUAGUAUUUUUUUAAAAUAUUUUUUAUUCUUAAGAAUAUUACUUUAUGAAAAGAUAUUGCCUUUCUACGUUGUGACAUGAUGCUGCUAAAAAGCUUGCCAUUUUAAUGAGCUAUGCCAGCUUGUGUUUUCUAAACAUUUUAUUUUACGGAAAAUUUGAUGUCAACACUCUUCAUUGUAGUGUGUGUAUGCUUGGUCACGUAUUUAUGGAAGUUCUCAUGGUGAGGUGGUCUGCAAGUUGCUUCAUCAUUCUUGGGCACUUGAGUGGUUCACUGCUAAGGAAUCGAGUUAGUCCAACAGCUGUUAGAGAUUUGUCUUGCAGAUGAUGGAAAGCACCUUUGGAGCUACAAUUGGGUUCUUUGGUGAAAAAUUGACCAAAUGUGAAGGAAAUACUGAUUUUUCGACAUGUUAAAAAAGAUAUAUUUGAAACACUGUAGUUUGUAUUAUUUUGGAAGAAGACAAUGAAAAUAAAUGGGCGAGAAUUUUUAUGGUACAAAAUUUUAACAUCCUUUUUUGAACUCCCUUAGUGGUAUAAAAAUUAAAAGUUGCACGACAGCAGGGAUUGAAUUGAUUAAAGAGGAAUCACGCACCCCCAAUGAACACGAACAUUAUAGUCCGUUUGAUCUCCAACUAUUCUGAAGAAUCAUUUUCUAAAUAGAAGCGUAGUCCAUGCGUAUUUCCUUCUAAUCAGCUUUCUCUGGAUUGUUAAAUCCAUACAAAAAUACAAGUUGUUGCCUGGAUACUUGACUUUGAAAUGUGAAAAAAGUAUGAUGGAUGUUUGCUUUCUUAACCUGCUGGCGCUUUGUUGGAGUGUUGAAAAUCUGUCUGACCAUCUCAAACUGAUGUGGUUCCCCCUUUUUGCUGUGCAUAGCUUGUUUGCAUUUCAUUGAUGGUUAGACCUGGAAUCUUUGAAGCUAUACCAAUUUUUGUGACUAUUUUGAUUUCAUUCGCUUAGCUAGUUUGCUCUUUCUUAACUAUGGUGUUUGAUUGACCUGGCCCAAAUUGAGGAUUGCCACACAAUUCCUUCAGUAAUAAAAUUCUUCCCCACCGGCAAGGUACUUUUAUGCUUUUUGUUCAAAUAAAAUCCAAUGCUUGCGAAUGCAUAACUGAAUUUGAACAUUCUGUCACAUAUUAGUCAGAUUGUCUGAAAUGUUGUCACAAGUUCCUUCUCAUGUUGAUUUCUUAAGAAUUGUGAUGUAGUUUCUGCCCGAAUGAUAUGCAAUGGCCCACUACUUGUAUGAAAAAAUGCGUAGGUCUGCUGAUUCCAUUGGACGAGGGAUAUUGUUUUUAUUUAAAGCUGCUUUUCUCUACAGGACAGAAAAAGAGGAAAUGGUGCUAUCUGAUAUGCAAAUAAAUCCUGGUGAAGCUUGGGAAUAUUGUCCAAGGGAAGCCUUACGAAGGGUGUCAAAAAUUCUGAAGGACGAAUUCAACUUGGUAGUUGUUCUUUGGCAUAUUUUAUUAUCAUCUUAGUAAUGAUAUUGCCAGCUUAUGAGGUGUUCAUGUGUAGGUAAUGAAUGCAGGAUUUGAAACGGAGUUUUUCCUUUUGCGGGGGAUUUUAAGGUAUCUUUAUGUUUUUUCUCAAUUUUUUUUGAGGUGCUCAUACUUCAAAUCAAUUUAAUACCAGAGCUGAGAAUUUAUACAGAGAAGGGAAAGAAGAGUGGAUCCCAGUCGAUAAGACUCCGUACUGCUCAACUUCUGGUUUUGAUGCUGUAUCACCACUGCUUCAAGAAGUGAACGCUGCCCUGCAUUCCCUAAAUAUUCCAGUCGAACAGGUGAUCCAAUCUGUGCCCUUUUACCUCAAAGAAUUUCAUGAUAUAUUGCCAUAACAUAUUUGAUCAAAAAAUCGUAAUUGCAGCUGCAUGCGGAAGCUGGAAACGGCCAGUUUGAGAUUGCGCUGGGUCAUGCUAUUUGCACUAGAACAGCUGACGAUUUGAUUUAUGUUCGUGAGGUUAUACGAUCUGUCUCUUCGAAGCAUGGGUUCUUAGCAACUUUUAUGCCCAAGUAGGACUUUCAUUUUUCUUAGUGUGAAAUUCAUUUUUUCUCAUUUGAGUUCGUGUAGUUUAUGAGGCAUUUGGGACAGGAAGUAUUUCACAUUUUUAUUAUUCUCAAAAAUUCUGUUUUUUUAACUCAUUUUGAGUGGUGUGUUCUGGGCAUAUAUGUUUGAAACUUCAAAAUUUGUUCCUUCUGCUUUCGUCUUUCAAAGAACAGUGAAUUAAAAUAUCAUGACAAAACAUCCGUGAACAACAUCACCUCAGUUUCCAUAGCUUGUAAACGUCAUGAUUACCUUCCAAGGCAUCCAUUUCACAUGCUAGGUGUUGCUAUUGUAUUCAAUGGCUACCUGUUUAUAAGUUCUUGUCUGCUCAAAGAAACCCCUGAAGACCAGUUUGUUAAUGAAUGCGGUUAGGGUUUUCACUGGGCCUCGUAUCCACUGGCAUUAAAAGGAAUGGAAUAUUACAAGUACCCGCUACUGUUUCAGGUGCUAUUUAUGGUUCUACCUUGGUCUUUGGAACAUAUCCCUGAGGGAUAAAAACCUUGAGCGAAGGUAGGAACUGGCAAAAAAUGAACGCUAAUCCAUUUUCCUCGAGUAGGGUAUUCUCAUAGGCUGUUCCCACUUCUGUCGUGGAAGUGAUGCCAUAGAUAUUCUCCUCAGGUUCGUGUAACUCAUUAAAAACCCAUCUGAAGCUGAAUAGGAGCUUAGUAAUCAGUUAUAAACUGUUUAUCAUUAAUCAAAAUGUCACAAACCCUCACCAAACCGUGAAUAAAUCUUUUAAGUAGACACAAGAUCAUAAUUGAUGGGAAUCAUUUGGACCACAAUGUGUACUCAGCAGUCAGAUUUCUUUUCUGAAUCUUUAUGUUUUUAUUGGCUUAUCCCGUCUCCCAAUUCUUUUCGGAUCAAUCAUAAGAUUCUUAGAAGCAAUAAAGUCUUCUAUCAUGAAAUAUCAUGAUUGCCCUUCAUUUGGUAUUUUCUUCAAAAGCAAUACAGGUAACUGAAAUUCUGAAAAAUAGUUAUUCUUGGCAAGAUUCUCUUCGUGCCUGAUCUGAAGAAAAAACCGAUUAAGGAGAGUUGUUAUUGAUUGCAUGUAAACAUUAGACUUUGACACGGGCAUAAAGAUAUGAUGAAGAGUUCUGCAUACCCACAAACAUUUUAUUUAAGAAAAGAAUUUAAGAGCUUUUUCAUUUUUCAAUGAAUCUGGGAACCAUGUCCAGCGCGCCCAAAGAUUUUAGGACCAUCUGCAGUUCAUAUUCGGGAAGAUGUAUCUUGGGAGUUUGCAGGAAGGAUAGGAUGUUCCUUUUUCCCCGGGGAAUGCUACUUUUCUUUUCAUUUUCUGUAGAUUUUAGAGACGGUGAGAGCUCUAUUGGUACAGUUUAACUCAGGCUCAUGUGGUACGGACCCACGUUCGAAAAUUAAUUUUUCUUCCAUUGUAUUGGAAUCAUAUUGGGUUGUAUAAAAUUUCGCAGUGGUCUUUUUUUUGGUUCUGGAUAUUUUAUUUCUCGCAUGUUUAAAUUUCGUCUAUGUUAUCGUGAUGAUACAUAAUGAGAUUAAGGCGAAUUAUGUCUUCAAUAUUCUAGUGAAGCAAAAGACAGCAGAAUCGAUCUGACUGCUAACUGGCCAGCAUGUUUCUGUAAUCCUUUCUGAUCGUGACUGACGUUAGGUUGCAAUAAAUCAGACAUUAUGUUAAUUUUAAUGGUAUAUUUGUGCGAUACGGAGUCUUUAGAGUUCUUAUGGUUAAAUAAUGACACGGUGAAUUAAUCGAUGUGAAAUUUUGUUGCCAACUUAUUGUGUACGAUGCAAUCUGUCAGGUACUCCUUAUUUGAUGUUGGAUCUGGAUGUCAUGUUCAUUUGAGUUUGUGGGAAAACGGAAAGAAUGUUUUCAUGGGAUCUGAUGUGUCAGCAACUAGGCAUGGAAUGUCAAAUAUUGGAGAAAAAUUCAUGGCCGGCAUUCUGCAUCAUCUUCCAUCUAUCUUAGCACUCACAGCGCCACUGCCAAACAGGUGACUAUAUUUCCUAGACAAUUGCUAAAUUCCAUGGGAGGAUGUACGUUCAUGAGCCUUGAUAAUGUUAUAAAUGCAGCUAUGAGCGCAUUCAACCAAAUACCUGGAGUGGAGCGUACCAAUGCUGGGGCAAAGAGAACAGAGAGGCCCCAAUAAGAACUUCAUGCCCACCUGGUAUACCCGGGGGCCUUGUGAGCAACUUUGAGAUCAAAUCCUUUGAUGGCUGUGCAAAUCCCCAUCUGGGUCUGGCGGCUAUAAUGUCUUCUGGCAUCGAUGGCCUCCGAAGAAAUCUCUGCUUGCCCGAGCCCGUUGGUAUGUUUAUUUUCCAAUUAAUUCACCAGUCGACUAUGAAUUUCAGUCUGCCCAUCCUUUGAGGCCACAAAUUCUACCGAAUUAAUUAAUGCUACCUUAAUUUCUUAUUAGAAAAAUUGCCCCUAUGAUUAGGAUUAUCAUAUAAUUAUAUCACAGCAAUCAUAUUAAAGAAAAACUACCCAUUUCUUCAAAGUUGAAGGCAGCUACUUCACAGAGUGAUUCUUGUGGCGCAGAGAUAAAUCCUGCUGAUCUCGUUCCAACGCCUCCAAGGUUACCCAGCGUGCUGGCUGAGUCUGUUAAAGCUCUCGAGGGGAACGAGGUUAUAAAGGAGAUGAUGGGGGAGAAGCUUUUAACGGCCAUACUAGGCGUUCGGAAGGUGACUUCUUCUCUCUCUCUCUCUCUCUCUCUCUCUCUUCUUUCUAGAAACGAUUGGAGCCUCUGCUUGCCGACCGGCUGAAUCUUCUCUUUUUCUCUGGUUCGUACUGCAGGCGGAGGUCAGCUUCUAUGCAAAGAACGAGAAAGCAUCCGAGCUACUCAUUCACAGGUAUUAA